AUGUCUUCUCUGGCAAAUUCAAGCAUCAAUUUAACAUUCUACAAGUCUUCGGAUACGACGAAAACCCCACCAUGGAUUAUCAGCGAUCCCGAGAUUUACAGAGUAUUAUUUACAGUGUGUUACGCCUUGAUUCUGGUCUUGUCUGUGCUAGGCAAUACUUCUAUUAUUGCUAUUGUUGCCAGAAAUCCAUCGAUGCGAAGUACCAUCAACUAUCUGAUCGCCAACAUGGCAGCAACAGACUUGGUAGCAUCGAUAGUCGUUACAGUACGAUUUUUCGUCGUCUUUCACACUCUCUCUUGGGAAUGGCAUAUUCCUGGAGUUCUAGGGAGCAUUCUCUGUAAAUUCGGUCCAUUUGUUCGAGACGUCUCACUGCAAGUUUCAUUCCACAGUAUCAUUGCUAUCGGAUUUGACCGUUUUUUUGCUGUUGUCUUCCCGAUGAGAGCCACUCCAAGACUUCUUAAUAUCCGUGUAUUAUUGCCCAUGAUCUGGCUGGAAGCUGUUUUAUUUUAUUCUGUAUACAUUAUUAGGUAUAGGAUAGUAUCUUACCAAGGGGUAAACAUUUGUUACAGUAGUUGGCCCUCUGGGUUUGACCCAUAUAAAUCAGAAAUAACUUUCACGCUUAUUCUAUUAAUCCUAAGCUACAUUAUCCCUUUCGUAAUCAUCUCAAUUUUAUACUCUAUUAUUGCUUCUCAUAUAAAAAGGCAGGACAUCCCUGGACCACAAUCACAAGAGAAUGAAGAAAGAAGAAGACAACUCAACAAAAGGAUUGUGAAAAUGUCUUUUACGAUUGUGAUGAGUUUUUUCACAUGUUGGACGCCUUACCACAUUACUGUACUUCUAAAUCUUUUCAAAUGGCGAGGACAAAUUUCUUCACAACUUGGAAUUGUUCUGGAUAUUUUUGUUCUAGUUUCUUAUUCGAGCUUAGUAAUAAAUCCUUACAUUUGUUUUAUAUUUUGUUCUAAUUAUAGAAAAAGUUUCAAGAAGCUUUUCCCGUUUUUCUUUAAUUCAAGAAUCGAGCCUUUGGAUAUUAGAGGCCGGACGGUUAGUCUCCCCCACAGCCGCUUUCAGUGUCGUCACUCAGGGGAGAAAGCGUUGCGUGACGGCACUGAAAGCGGCUGUGGGGGAGACUACCGGACGGUGUGCCGUCUUCAACAAACUGAAAUGUUUACCUUAAAUCCAUUUAGAAGGGUCAAAAACAAAAAACAAAACAAAACAAAAAAACCAAUAAAAAAACAAAAAAACGUGUAA